UCAAAUUGAGUUGUGUUUGGAUCUGUCACAAACUGACCUCGAAGCAGGUUCUUUAUUUUGCGUAGUUCAUCACGAACCAAAUAGUUAUUGUGCAGCACAAUACCUUUAUCUGUGCGAAAUCGUUUAAAGUGUAUAAAGUGUAUUUCGCUGUGUUUGGAGCCAGCCCCGUAAACCAUCCAGUUGGGCGACGCUCGACCGGUGGACACACAACGGUGGAGAGGAAGCAGAAACAAUCCGUGGAGCGACAGCGAAAAAAAAUCUGGUUCAGGUUCUUAUUAGCACGGUUAAUCUCGUUCAGCAACCGGGUUAGCUUUGCUACCACCGAGUUCCAUUUCCAUCCAUAUAAUUCUCCGGUAAUUAUAAUACUUCGUUGAAAACAGUGCACGGUCCACACAGGAAUACCAUGUCGAGGGAAGGACUCGGGCUACCACGUGGAAUUGGUCAACGAGAUUACGGUGCAAUGAGUAGCACGGCGGCAACUACCUCGGACGGUAACUUUGGCGGGUUUAGCCCGACCGAGUUCAUCUCGCUCAGCGAAUCGAUUGCGGCGAACACGAUCUUCGUGAAGCAGAGCUGGCAGUUUUUGGAGAAGGCAAAUCGUACACUCGGCACGUCAAAGGACAAUCAGUCCCUGAGGGAUAAAAUCAAUGAUAUUCAAACUGGCACGAACCAGCGGAUUGCCACAACCACCAAAGACCUCCAGCGGCUGACGGUGGUUGUGCGGGGCGGUGAUAAGCAGCAAAAGUUACAGGUCGAAAAGCUCACUUCGGACUUCAAGCAAGUGGUUCAAUUUUAUUCUAAAAGCCAACAGAGCAUAGCGGCCAAGAUGAAACAGGUGUUUUUAGUGAAUGCAUCGCAGGCGGACGAUCUGGCCGCGGGAGAGAUUGGAAUUCCCGGGACAACAGAGCAACAGCAAGAGCUGCAGAGACAGAAGCAACUUCAGCAGAGUUUGCAGUUCGAACAGGAUAUGCUGCUGGAACGGGAGCAACGGUUCCGGGAGAUCGAGGCAAACGUGCUCGAUGUCAAUCAUAUCAUGAGGGAACUAAGCAAUCUCACGUCCCAACAGAGUGAAGUGAUUGACACUAUUGAAAAUUCGAUCGGACGUACGGUGGACAACGUGGAAAGCGGUGCAGAAGAAUUGGUCAAGGCGGCUGAGUAUCAAAAUCGGUACCGCCGUAAAGUGUUGAUAUUGCUGAUCAUCGCUGUGAUACUGGGACUCGUGGUCACCGGCAUUAUCGUGUCCAAGCUCAAGAGCUAAGAUCCUCCAAGAGGAACGAAACGAUGUCCAUGGGGGAUUAUUUACACCCACACACAUACACAACAAACAGUACGGGAAAUUUUAUUAUUGAACGAUCAUUACCACCUUUUGGCGAUCCUAUGGCGAUCUUCAUUACCCGUAUGUUUUGAAUGUGUUCCUCUUGUACAACAUCACCUAAGAUGUAACUUGUAUUGUUCACGUUUCCAAAUUAGCUUAUCGAAUUAAGAGAAGCAAAAUCAUGAACUAAUCGAUGAUCGAUUAUUGAAAGCAACCCCUAAUAAGUGGAAUAGUUUACAGACACAUUUUGUAAAUCGUACGCGAAUGUUGGAUCGGUUAAUUGUAAUAACCUUACAGGGCUUAACGAACAAUUUCAAUCUGAGCGUUGGGGCGCAGCGGAUAAGAUUCCAUUAUUCAUCAAUAAUCAAUCAAAUAUCGGUCGAAUCUCGUAAUUCAUCCCAAUGCAGCGAUAUGUAUUAGGCCAUUAUUGGCUUACUAUUACUGACCGGUAUUUGGAGGUACUUCUUUAUUAAAUCGUUACAUUCAUAACUCUCCAAUGCCUGUUUGAAUAAUGAUGGUGGGAGGGUUAGCAUAUAGUAAACUUUUGUUUUCAGCUAAAAUAUGUAGUAAAAAAUAAAUCUUCCUAUACCUAAUUUA